AUGUCUUCCGAUUUCAGCAUCCUCACUCCAAAUGCCAGGCUAGGCUAUGGAUACAGAGCUGAGCAUCUCUGGUAUGGCAUUGAGAAAUAUUCGCCAAAGGCAAUUAUUGUCGAUUCAGGCUCGACUGAUGGUGGUCCAUACAAGCUUGGCUUGAAUAAAAUGACCUGUGGGCGAGAGUCGUACAUAAGGGACUUGAGGCCCAUCCUUCAGGCCUGUUUCUAUAAGAAAAUAAAAAUCUUAAUCGGAUCAGUGGGUGGAGAUGGCAGUGAUAAACAUGUCCAAGAGAUGCUCGACAUAGUUCUUGAAAUUUCCCAACAGGAAGGCUUCUCGUUUAAAGUCGCAACCAUCGCCGCCGGAUUCGAUAAAACUAUGAUCAAGGACCGCAUAACCAACGGGAAGGUUGGACCAUGUGGACCAGUGGAAGAACUGACAGUGGACAGCGUAGACAGAACAAUUGGCAUUGUUGGUCAGAUGGGCGCAGAACCAUAUUUGAGAGCUCUUGAACACAGCCCAGAUAUCGUUCUUGGUGGGCGUUCGUAUGAUCCGGCACCGUUUGCUGCCUUCUCUAUGCACCAUGGUGUUCAGCCGGGAGUGGCCUGGCAUAUGGGGAAAAUUAUGGAAUGUGGUGGCAUUUGUGCUGUCCCUAAAGGGCGUUCAAUGAUUGCCACUAUGCGGAGUGACUCCUUUGACUUGACACCUCUCUCACCUAAAGAACGAUGCACACCUAUCUCAGUCGCCGGUCAUACACUAUACGAAAAGACCCGACCCGAUCGACUUCCGGGUCCUGGGGGCGUCUUGCUACUUGACAAUGCCUCGUAUGAGCAGCUAACUGAGAAAACGGUGCGAGUUCGAGGGGCCAAGUUUAAACCAACCCCGGUUUACCAAGUGAAGCUAGAAGGUGUCGAGAAACUGGGAUAUCGUACCAUAUUCAUUGGGGUCAUCCGAGACCCUAUUCUCAUUAGCCAGAUUGACGAGUUCCUAGCCGAUGUUCGCGCCUAUACUCAAAAUUUAUUCCCACAACUCGACCAGUCUCCUCAAUGUCGUCUGAUAUUCCACUUCUACGGUCGCAACGGCACAAUAGGUCCCUUAGAGCCAACAUCGACGAAAGCGUAUGAACUGGGCAUUCUAGGACAAGUCGUUGCACCUUCGCAAGAUCUCUCAUACACGAUCGCCAACAAUGCCCGUGCAUCCAUUUUGCAUAUGCCCUACAAGAAUCAAGUGGCCACAACUGGGAAUUUUGCCUCUCCGCUAUCACCCCAUGAGACCGCUGCUGGGGAGGAGACUCGCUUUUUCUCCUUUUGCCUUGCGCUUGAGAAUGCUCCUGCUGUACGACCUACGCAACCUUUUACUGAAGAGGAGAAACGUAAGGUAGUGCGCAAGUUAGAUCUCCACCUACUACCUCUCUGUUUUGUCCUGUACACAUUUUCUGUCUUGGAUCGUUCGAACUUAGGAAAUGCAAAGACCAUCGGGCUUGAAGAUGACAUCGACCUCUCCGGAAACCGCUACGAGUGGCUAGGAAAUAUCUUCUACAUUGGAUAUAUCAUAUUUCAUUCACAACUCUUGGGUGGAAGAUAUUUAAACCUCACAUCCACAAGCUGGCCUGGUUUGAUGGUAUGUCGGUUCUUCCUCGGGUUUGCAGAGACAAUGUUUGGUCCAGGGGUUCCCCUUUAUUUCUCUUUCUUCUACCCUCGAGAGAUGCUCGGAAGACGAUUUGGAAUUUUCUUGUCUGGAGCAGCAUUGGCAAAUGUCUACGGAGGUGUCCUAGCAUAUGGACUAGGCCAUGCCUGGUCCAGCAUAAGCUCGUGGAAGUUCUUGUUUAUCAUUGAAGGAGUCCCCACGGUCCUUUUAGCGGUUAUUACAUUUUUCUUCCUACCCAACUCGCCCUCAACGGCUCGCUUCUUAAACGAGAAAGAGAGGGAGGUGGCUCGUCAGAUUGCCGGCUCCCAGCCAGAGGACCACCAGCACGAUGGUCUUCAGCUCGGUCAAGUUGGUGAAGCAUUCCUAGACUACAAAAAUUAUCUUUUUGCAAUUAUGAACUUUAGCAACAACGUGAGCUUUGCGUCUCUGCCUCUUUUUCUCCCGACUAUCGUUUCCGAGAUGGGGAGCUUUACUACAGUGGAAGCAAAUGGCCUAGUCGCGCCACCUUACUUCUUAUGUUUCAUUCUCAUCAUAGUAGUAUCUUUGCUUUCGGACCGAAUGCGACUUCGAGGGCCCUUCGCAGCCCUGUUUUCUUUGCUCUCGGCAAUUGGUUUUAUUUUGCUAGGCACAACAGAGUCUGUCACUUCGAGGUAUAUUGGGACCUUCCUUGCUGUACUCAUUUUUGUGACGACUUCCAUUGUUCUUGUGUGGACCGCGAAUACCAACUCAACUAGCUCUAAACGUGCUGGAGGAUUUUGGAUUAUAAUGACUCUAGGACAAUGCGGACCUCUUCUGGGCACGAACAUGUUUCCAUCGAGCCAAGCACCACUGUAUCGCACAGGAUCUUGGGUGUGCUGUGCGUUUGCUUUGUUGUCAUCAGCUGUUGCAUUAGCGCAGAGCCUAUUACUUUGGUUGGAAAAUAGGAAGCUGGAUCGUAUAUACGGUCCACUGGAAGAACUCGAUAUUGACCCACAGAUUGAUCACGAU